AUGGACACAAUUCAGUGGGACCUCAUUGAUCUGAGGCCAUGGCACCUCGUUCUCAGUCUCUCCCUACCCUGGUGGAUCCUUUUCUAUCUGAGGAGACGUCGCCAGAAUAAAGCCGAUGAGCUCUUUGGUCAACAGCAUGGAUGCCAGCCCAUCCAGCGGAGAUUGCCGUACAAGUGGCCUCUGGCCUUCGAUGUGUUCAAGAGCCAAUAUGAUGCUCUCGCGCGUGGCAAGCUACUGGCCUACCAAGCCGACUAUUUCCAGCAAUUCCGGGUCGGCCAGACUUUCGAGAUCCGGCUGCUGGGUCGCGUGGGCUACUUUACGAUGGAUCCCAGGAACCUGGAGUCCAUGUUGCAGACGCGGUUUGACGACUGGGAACUCGGAAAUAGCCGGGAUGGACUGCUGCCCAUGAUCGGCACGGGCAUCUUCACCCAAGACGGCCUCGCCUGGAAGCAUUCGCGCCAGCUUCUUCGUCAAGACACCGAGAUCUUUGACCGUCCGAUCGACGACCUCCUCGCCACCCUGCGGUCGUGCCCCGGCGACAUCGUGGACCUGCAGCCGGCCUUUUUCCAAUUCACCUUGGCCACCACCAUCUUGCUCAUCUUCGGGGAGACGUCCGCCGGGGGCCUGGCACCGAGCGAUCACGCCCGGUUUGCCCACGCCUUUGAUUACACCUCGCUGAUCUCGGCCAUGCGGAUGCGGCUGGCGGACUGGUGCUGGGCGUACAGUCCCCGAGCCUAUCGGGACGCCUGCGGGGUGAUCCGCCAGUAUGCCACCCACUACGUGAGCCAUGCGCUGGACGAUAUGCGAGCGAACGGAGAGGAGAAGGCGGCCCCGCGCCAUCCAUUCAUCCUCGACCUCCUGAAGGAGCUCCGCAGCCCCGAGCUGGUGCGGGAUCAGCUCCUGAAUGUGUUGAUCGCGGGGCGAGAUACGACGGCUUGUCUGAUGUCGUGGGCGUGCUAUCAAUUAGUCCGCCACCCAGCAUCCCUUGAGCGUCUUCGCCAGGAAAUCCAUUCGACCACCAAGGGUGAAAAGCAGUUGACUCGAAGCCAAAUCAACAAGAUGACAUAUCUGCGAUACGUUCUUAAUGAAACCAACCGCCUAUACACUCAGAUCCCCAUGAACGUGCGCCUCGCCCGACGAACCACCUACCUCCCCCGCGGUGGCGGCCCCGCCGGCGACUCGCCCCUGCUCAUCCCCAAAGGCACCGGCGUGGGGUUCUCGGCCUACCACAUGCACCGCAGCCAGGAGAUCUACGGGCCUGACGCGGAGGCGUUCCGACCCGAGCGGUGGGCGGGGCCCGAAUUGAAGAAUCUCGGGUUCGCCUUCAUGCCGUUUCAUGGUGGGCCACGGAUAUGUCUGGGAAAAGACUUUGCUCUCACCGAGGCCUCGUUCGGGCUGAUCCGACUGAUCCAGGCGUUCCCGAACCUCCGCAAAGCACCCGAUGCGGCGGAUGUGAUGCCCGGCCAGGAAACGCAGACCCUCACGCUCGUCGUCUCGAGUGCGGAGGGGUGUAAGGUGCAGCUCAAUUGAGGUGUUGACCGGGGUGACUCCGACUGACCACGGGGCUUUUUUUCUUUCUUUCUUAUCUUCUUGCUCACCCUUCAGAUCGAGUCGGUGGUUGAUGUUUUGCGGAGAGUCAACUGUGGCGUUUUUGGAUGACUGCACUUAGAUAACAUCGGGGAACUGAAUGUAGUCUGCUGGAUGCGGGUGCCAAAGUGGGCCAAUUCCACAUGAUCAUCCUGCAGAUUGAUAGAUGGUGGAAUGUGGCUGGCAGCGGGGAACCGCUCGGCAUGCGGGAUUGAUGAUUGACCCAGACUGAUAAUGCGAAAAACCUUUUCCAAUCGAAUGUAUCUCUCAUUCCCGAACUCUCUGACAGCGACUCGAUCACGCUCGUCAUGUCUCCACGCCAAAUCGACUAUUUAUCC